UCAACAGCAGCAGUAGCCGCAGCAGCAGCCCUUAAGUUAAAACUACCCUGGCAGUGCCAGUUGUAGAGCCUAGGCUGGCUGGUGAAAAUGCGCGAUUACUUUUAUCAUUCGGGUCUUUCUAAGGUCAUCGUGUUUUAACAUUAACGAUGUAUCAAAACAAUAUUCCAUAUUGUCAAUUAAUACGUUAAUAUUUUAAUCGGCGAUAUACAAGACGAAUAAAAACAACAAAAAAAAAAAAGAGAGAGAGAGAGAAAUCAUCAAGUAGAGUUUUAAAACCAUGCUUUAAUUGAAGCGCCGGAUUAUACAACCCCUUGAUACGGGAUACUGGAUAACAAUUACCAUGAUAAAAGCGUGACGGAGUCCGUGAAAAGUUCAUCAGCUAGUUCAGCAUGGCCAGUAGCACGGAAGAAUACGGUUCGGAACUCCAGGAGUUGCAAUGGGGAGGCGGCGGGAGUGGAUCUCAUUUUCUGAGAAGCGGUUCACACUUUCUCAGAACCGGAUGUUACGAAGCGGAAGACCUCGAGUCUACGAGGCAUCACGCCGGAAGUCAAAACAGAGGGUAUUACAGCCCUCCGGGUACGAGUUACACGAUCGUAGAACGACCUCCGAGUGCUCCUCAUCAUCAUUCGACACAUACAACGCCGUACAGAAAACGAGGUCAUGGAACUACAGCUGGAAGUGGCGCUAUUUCGCCCGAACAAGUUCUGAGACUUUUCGGAAACGGUGUCAACGAGAGGAGGCAAACGGACAGAAGGACGCCCGCAUCGAGUCCUGCCAGCGUCGCGGCUCUCAGAAAUUCCACGUCGCAGAAUUCAACCGGGCAACAAAAUUCGCAAACCUCCCCUCCUCCGCAGCCCCCAAGCCUUCAAGAAUUGACGGUCAGGACCAUAACGAUGGCUAGAGAUCCACCUGACUCUCAUCAUGGCUUUGGGAUCUGCGUGAAGGGAGGUAAAGACGCUGAAGUGCAGUCAGGGGUCGGUGUUUAUAUCUCAAGAGUCGAAGAAGGUUCGGUAGCUGAAAGAGCGGGUCUUCGCCCCGGCGAUACGAUACUAGAGGUAAAUGGUACGCCAUUUCGUGCAGUGACACAUGAAGAGGCUCUAAAGAUGCUGAAAUCCUGCCGGACACUCAGUAUGACGGUACGGGGUCCUGCGCUGGAUCCUCGAUGUCGAGGAGGUCAUCCCGGAUGGUCGUCUUCGGGAAGGCAGCAAUCUUGCAGUUGGAUGGAUCGUCAGGGUCGUCCGGCAUCUCCGCCGCCGUUACAAAAUCGAGACGCUCGUUACGCCGCCCACAGAACGCGGAAGGUCGAACUUUGCAUCGAACCAGGACAAUCCCUCGGUCUCAUGAUAAGAGGAGGUUUGGAAUACGGACUUGGUAUUUAUGUGACCGGAGUGGACAAAGACAGCGUGGCGGAUAGGGCUGGACUUUUGAUCGGAGACCAGAUAAUCGAAGUCAACGGUCAGAGCUUCGAGGAAGCGACGCAUGACGAAGCUGUUCAAAUACUCAAAACAAACAAACGCAUGAGUCUGGUCAUCAGAGACGUUGGAAAAGUACCUCAUUCGUGCACAACCAGUCAACCGAUCGUAGUCCCCUCAUCUAGGUACCAGGAACACGAUCCGUUGCUUCUGGAAAGUCCGGCUAGUCACGGGAACCAUCGACCACCUAGCCCUGCAACCGGGAAUACGGAAUGGAGAAACCGCGCCCUUCAUUCGGCAACCGCGGCGAUGGUAGAGGAGAAGGCAAGGGUGGUUCUCGCACGUAGCGAAAGAGCAGCGCUCUCCCAACUCCUCGGAGACUACAAAAGCCGAAGACUGAACAUCGAAGACUUGGUCGCCAGUUUAGCCGACCUCCUCAACACCCAUGAAAAACUUACCCUUCUAACCGAGUUGCGUGAACUUGUCGACGGAAAAGACAGGGCGUCUUUUGACGACCUCGUUUACAGGCCGAGGGGAAGCGCCACUCUUACUAGGAGGAAAGGCGAGAGAACGCAUUCGGACUUAGUAGUCACUCCGUCUAUUCAUGAUCUUCCGAGAGGUACGGCCCCCGGAAGUUGUUGCCGACCUGCGAGGCUCGUGGACGUCGAGGGAGAUCCUCUGGGAGUAACGGGGCCUCUUAUACCGAGGGAUCAGGGCCAGGGGGAGUAUAGAUCACCGAGUGAGGACAGCGGGCUAGGAGCAGACAUACCCAGAAGCAGAGCUGGCUGCAGACGAAGCCAACAGCACCAGGUAGCGACCUCAGAUCUCGCCCUCUCCAACGAUGACGAGUGCGACAAUCAGGACUAUGAGGACGAAGGUGAAAACGACAGAUCAGGACGUCGGCAUAGUUCUCCAGGUGGUUCCCGAGGGAAUGCCAGAGAUUUUGGGCACCAUCAUUUACACGCUGAUAACUUGGAGAGCGACGGCUGUUGCGAUGGUAGCGACGCCGAGAUGAUGGGAAAUGGGAGACGAGGCGAACGUGAUCGGGAAGAGGAUGAUGAGGACGAAGAACUGGGCAGGGAUCAGGAGAGGAGCUCGGAGAGUGGCGGUGGGGGUUUCGGUGGGUGGCGGACACACCUUCUCGGUGGCCUUACACAGCGCGUCAAGUCCUGGUACUGGGGCGCCAGGCCCCUAGAAUUAGCGCACAAACUAUCCCGUAGUUUCGAUAUGCAGGAGGCUCAACUCCUCGAGGAAGUUGGUUCCGGCAGUGGAGGAGGUACUAACGGAAGUGGAGGAUCCGGAGGUCCUCCCAGAAGACAUCACAGCGCUCAAAGGUUAGCUCGAGGUGACAUGGGAGGCGGAAGAGAAGACGACGGUGCCUUGGUGGUACCCGAUCACCAAGGUAACCUGAGAAUUACCGUAAGAAAAACGAAAUCCAUUCUCGGAAUCGCUAUCGAAGGUGGCGCUAAUACGAAACAUCCUUUACCAAGGAUAAUAAACAUUCACGAUAACGGCGCUGCGUUCGAGGCAGGAGGACUUGAAGUUGGCCAAUUGAUCCUAGAAGUUGACGGCCACAAAGUGCAAGGACUCCAUCACCAGGAAGUUGCCAGAUUGAUAGCCGAUUCCUUCGCCCGUCGAGAUCGCAACGAUAUAGAAUUUCUCGUGGUCGAGGCAAAGAAGAGCAAUUUAGAACCAAAACCCACGGCAUUGAUAUUUUUGGAAGCGUAGCAAGAGUCCCCCACCUCUGAGCCGGAGCCUCCAUAGCUUCUCUAGAUCUUCAGAAACGAGUGUAAGAAAUGAUAAACUAUUUCUAUCGUCAUACCACGUAACGAAUGAUAACAAUAUUGGAGCCUACAGCAAAUAUUCAUCAACGCCUACUGAUAAUUUGCUGAAAAAAAUUAUUCUAUGCAUUAAUUUUUUUUCUAAUUUUUUUUUAAUCAGUCAAAUUUAAAUUUAUGUGGCUCUAUGAUUCGCUGGUAUAAAGAAAAACAACCGAAAACAAAAUAAACGAAAAGAAAAAACAGAAAACAAAUUCAUCGCACUCGAUAAUUUCUCAAAGGGAUCUGGCCCGGAUGGUGGGACCGCGGAAAUAAUAAAACAAAUUAAAACCAAGAAAUUAAACAUAAGGCUUACAUAGGAAAAAAUUUCUAUAUAUCUGAUAAUAAAACAAAAUGAAAAGAAAAACGAGAAAACUUGUUGAUUGUUGGAGAUUGUUUCAGUAUUAGAAGAUGUUUGAUGUGCAGAAAUUGUACAUUACACAUGGUUAUAAUAAUUGCACUGUGCCAAAUUAUAUUGUACUAGUUUAUUGUUAUUAAAGCGACGAAGAAAAUUCCUGAGAAUUACAUUCAUACAUGUGUGCAUGUAUGAUGACUUGUAAUCGACACAUAAUUAAAACAUCACGAUCAGUUCAAGCGAAGGAAGAAUGAGAAACCAAAAUUGUUGCUGCUUAAUUUAUUGUAUGUAACAAUAAUGUUUGGAGAGUUUGAAAAAAAUCAAUAAAGAAAUGAAUGAAUUAUUAAUCAAACGGGAAACAAGAAGACGAACGACAUACACUUAACAUGUACAACAAUAUACUAUUAUUGCUAAUUAGCAGUGCAUAAAAAUAUAUAAUAAUAACAAAGACAGCAACAACAAUUAUACAUAGGUAUCCAUAUUAGGACAAAAAUUUUCUGCUGCAGUUGGAUCGCGUAUGAUACGUAUUUUACUUCAAUAUUUAAUAGGUGAUAAUUAUUAUUAACAUAUUGUACUAUAUAAUAAUUUAUAAAUUUUAGCAAGACCUGCGCAGCUAAAAGCCUACGUAAUAAUACUAAUAAUAAGAAUAAUACUAAUAAUGAUAUAGCAAUGCAAUUAUAACAAAUUAAAUAGAAAUAAAUUGAUGAAUAACAAUUAUUAAUUAAUAAUUAAUAUAAUCGAUAAACAUGGUUAUGCUGUGCGCGCAAUUAUGGCGGUGCGAAUUGUACAAUAUAGUACUAUACAUGGAUAUACGUUGAAAUAUAAUAUAUGGUGCCAAAUUACAUGCGAUAUGUUAUAAUUAUAUUAAUGACGUCAUGAUUAUAGGGAAAAAAGAGAUGAGUUCUACUGAAUUUUUAUUAUUAUUAUUAAUUAUAUAUAUGUAUAUGAUCAUGUCGAUAUUAAUUCGUACGGCACAGUGACUUUUCAUGCACUGAACAACUAAAACGAUAUUAUUUAUAGUUAUCAACAAAUAUAAGUACUUACAGAAAUACUGGCGACGAUAAUAUAUAAAUAUUGUACAUUGGUCUUACGAUCAGAACUAAAUGCAAAAGUUUAGAAGGGCUGAUAUACUCGGGGCUAAGCUUAGCAAGGUCACGUAGGACACAACAUUCCGGCGCGAAACGCAACUUUUCAACCGCUCAUAUUUUGGAAACGAUACCUCAGAGACCACAUGUAAUAUACGGGAAUUCACUCAUUGCCAGUCCAGUCUCUUUCUCCUAUUACCCCCUUCAAUUCUUGCAUCUAGAUCUGAGACACCUUAUAGAUCUAUUACCUAUAUAAAUUUAAAUUAAUCAAAUCAUCGGGAUAUUAACGUUCAAAUUGUUAAUAUUCAAAAGCGUUGCGAACGGAGUGAAGAAAAUGAAAAAAAAAAUUAAACAAAAAUCAUACGUUUGAUUGAUUAAUUAAUAUUUAACAUACGUAUUAAAUAGAAAAUCAACUAUAUGAAUUAAACAAAAUAAUAAUAAUAAUAAUAUAUGCGCAAAUUAUGUAAUGUGAUGGAAAUAUUUUUAUAAGCGGCUACAAUUAUGUUAUCGAUAAUAAUAAAAUAAAUAAUGAUACAGCUGCAAUUAAUUGCAGUUAUAAUCGUUACAAAUGGAGUUCCGCAAAUGCAUCCGCGAUAUGAUAAAAAAAAAAAACAUUAUUAAUAAUAA